AUGAAGGAGAGAGGUGUGAGGAACAAGCAGGGAGUGAUCAUGAAGGCCCUGCUGGACAGGUGUUUGUCCAAGCACAGGAAUGGUGGCCGGCCGGAGCCGCCGGAGGGGAGCUUCGCGGUGUACGUCGGCGGCGGCGGCGGCGGCGGAGGGGCGGCGAGGGAGAGGUUCGUGGUGAGGACGGAGUGCGUGAACCACCCGCUGUUCAGGGCGCUGCUGGAGGAGGCCGAGGAGGAGUACGGGUACGUGGCGGACGGCCCGCUCGAGCUCCCCUGCGACGCCGGCGAGUUCGUCGCCGUCCUGGCGAGGAUCGAGCGUGAGAUGGCCGAGGAGAGGACGGUCGGGUGCGCCGGCGGCCUGGUGUUCAGGCUGCACCCGGCGGCGCACCUCAUGCUGGUUGCUCCGGCGACGCCGCCGCCGAUGAUCGUUGGCUGA